AUGCGCGAAAUAGUCCACAUUCAAGCUGGUCAAUGCGGAAAUCAAAUAGGAGCCAAGUUCUGGGAGGUGAUUUCCGAUGAACAUGGAAUUGAUCCAGCCGGAUGUUAUCAUGGAGAUUCAGAUCUGCAGUUGGAAAGGAUAAACGUUUAUUACAACGAAGCUAUAGGAGGCAAGUAUGUCCCACGUGCUGUUCUGAUUGAUUUGGAACCAGCCACGCUCGAUUCUGUACGCUCAGGUCCUUUCGGGCAAAUCUUCCGUCCCGACAACUUCGUUUUUGGACAAAGCGGUGCCGGAAAUAACUGGGCCAAAGGUCAUUACACCGAGGGAGCAGAACUCGUCGAUUCCGUUCUCGACGUAGUGAGGAAGGAAGCAGAAGGCUGCGAUUGUCUGCAAGGAUUCCAGUUCACUCAUUCUUUGGGUGGAGGUACUGGUUCUGGAAUGGGAACGCUAGUCAUAUCUAAAGUGAGAGAAGAAUACCCGGAUAGGAUGAUGCUUACAUUCAGUGUUGUUCCGUCACCGAAGGUGUCAGAUACUGUGGUGGAGCCGUACAACGCGACAUUGGCUAUCCAUCAACUAGUAGAAAACACCGACGAAUCUUUCUUCAUAGAUAAUGAAGCGUUGUACGAUAUCUGCUUUCGCACGCUGAAGCUGACUACGCCAACAUACGGCGAUUUAAAUCAUCUGGUGUCCGCUGUAAUGUCAGGAGUAACCACAUGUUUGAGGUUUCCUGGUCAACUGAACGCCGACCUCCGUAAACUGGCUGUAAACAUGGUACCGUUCCCACGUUUGCAUUUCUUUAUGCCAGGAUUUGCUCCGCUUACAUCUCGCGGUUCCCAGCAAUAUCGAGCUCUCACCGUUCCGGAGUUAACCCAACAGAUAUUCGAUGCGAAGAACAUGAUGGCGGCCUGUGAUCCUCGACAUGGCCGAUACCUGACAGUGGCCGUAAUGUUCCGAGGACGAAUGUCCAUGAAAGAAGUGGACGAGCAGAUGUUGAACGUGCAGAACAAAAACAGCAGUUACUUCGUAGAAUGGAUCCCAAACAACGUGAAAACAGCUGUGUGCGACGUUCCACCUCGCGGUCUCAAAAUGUCCGCCACAUUCAUCGGUAACACUACUGCUAUUCAAGAGCUAUUCAAGCGUAUAUCCGAACAGUUUACCGCCAUGUUCCGACGCAAGGCGUUUCUGCACUGGUACACGGGUGAAGGCAUGGACGAAAUGGAGUUCACAGAAGCUGAGUCCAACUUGAACGAUCUUGUUUCGGAGUACCAGCAGUAUCAAGAUGCCACAGCCGAGGAAGAAGGCGAGUUUGAUGAAGAAGAAGGAGAUGAGGAAGGCUGA